AUAGACAAAUGUGUUUUCAGGGGUAGACACCCGUAUUAAGUUUUUGAUGUAGCUUUAGAAAACCUUUUUGUUGCGAUUUCUGUGAGGAAAUUGUUUUGUGUGUGAGGUGUCGUCGUCCAGAUUGUUUCUCUUGUGCUGAGCCGCAAGGUUCAAACCCUCUACUUCAUGUACAUCGCAUGCACGGGUGAAAGGUUACUGCUACUGAAGGUGGAAUACCGUGAAAAUCGGACCGCAACAAGAGACCGGAUCUCGCCCUCGAGGUUCGAUCCUUAUCACUACGGGUCGUGCCCCAGGGACAUGCUGAAGGUGAAGGCGUGCGUGAACGUGCUGGGCCUGCUCAAGGUCAAUGUCAACCAGCCGCGCGACGAGCACUGCUGCUCGCUCCUCGACGGGCUCGCCGGCCUGGACGCGGCGCUCUGCCUCUGAACAAAUCUCCAUGCCAAUGUGCUCGGCCUCAAGCUCGACCUCCCCGUCAACCUACGCCUCAUUCUCAACAACUGCGGCAAGGUCUGCCCCACCGAUUUCCAGUGCCCACACCACUAGAUCGAGUAUUCCGUUUCGAAAAAAACUAGAUCGAGUAUUUCUUGAUGUUGUCAUGCCUGGAUUUUUAA